AUGAAGAGACGGACUAAAGGUGAUGAAAAAGACAGACAGACUGAGAUUAAUGCCAGGCUUCUUCAUUUCUUUAUAAAACCAGUACUCUAUCUACGUGUUCAUUAUCUACAAAUAUAUAUCUAUCUGUCUAUCUAUCUAUCUAUGUCAGUCUAUUCAUAUCUAGCUAUGUAUUUAUCUAUUCAUCUCCAUAUCUAUCUCAAUCUGUUCAUAUCAAUCUGUUUAUAUCUAUCUAUCUAUCUUAGUCUGUUCAUAUCUAUCUUUCUCUCUUUAAGUUUGCUCAUUUUUUAUCUAUUUAUCUAUAUACUUCUGUAUGCUCAUUAUCUAUCUAUCUAUCUAUCUCACUCAACCGAAGCAGCAGACAUAACCGCAUUGUGGUGCUCUGCAGCUGUCGUAGACUUUAUAAUCAUCAUCAUCAACAUCAUGAUCCUACUCAUUCCGAUCUCCCUCCCCAUCACUUUACCUCAUCCUGUCUUUCUUCAUGAACAACGCAACCUUCCCCUUCGUCGCCCUCUUCUAAAUCGACAUCAUCGGCGACGUCAUCAAAACUGA